AGACUUCGGUUAGACUGAGAUUUUGACACUUAUGGUAGAGUGUUCACAACGACGUGCGUUCGCAUUUAAGACCGUCACUUCCAACAAGUCCUACAUGUCACUAUGCUGGAUCCCCCUCCUUUCUGAGAUGCAUACACUGACGGUAUUGGUGAUACUACUCCAGGCCUUGGGUUUGGCUUGGCCUGCCUCCAUCAAGCCUCCUCUGGGGAUGACUGUCCACGUCGUGCCCCUCGACUCCACUCAAGGCCAAACUGUACGGGCCCACUUCGCUGCCAUCGUGUCUGGGAAGUCCUGCACGGUGACGGGGCUGUGUGAUACAGGAGAGGACUGUGUGGUGGAGAACAACACUGUGCCCUUCACUGGGAGCAAACCAAGCUCAGGCUGGUGCGCUGUUCACUGGCAGACAACCCUCCCAGCUAACUUCACGGGCAACAUCUCGCUAGGGUCUUCCACACAGAUGUAUGUGGCACUAAAGGCAGAUCCCAUGGUUCGGGCGAACAGCGGCAAACUCAACCAUCCAGGUUUUGUGGCCCUGCUCCCUCCCCUCAGGGCCCGGAAGAAUUGCCCUCACCACUUCCACCUGUCGGUCAGAGAUCUGGAUGGAGACAAGGUUCACUGUCGCUUUGCCAAAGAAGACCGAGGAGAGUGUUUGAACUGUACUCCUCACUCAUUUCUAGAGCUGGACCAGGAGAAUUGCAUGCUUUCGUUCACUGGUGAUGCUUCAGCUGGAGAGUAUUACAUUUACCUGAUGGCAGAAGACCUGGUACCUGCUCCUCUCACCGUGCAGACCACUCCGAGCCAGCCUAUGAGUGCUGUCCCGUUCAUCCUGUCGCUCACUGUUGAGCAGGGGAACCACAGCUGCAGUGCAGAGCCCGUGGCUUCAGCGAACAAUCCAGAGGAAAACUCUCUCUUCUACAUCCUCCCAUUCCACGAGAAGUCCUUCACCGCUAACUACGACUCAAACGAUGAGAGUGUGACGGAGAUCGCAGUCAUUGGGCCUCCGCAGCUUUACAGAACUGAAUUCCUCUCCGUGGGACCCAUCUCCUCUUUAAAUAUCGCCUGGGUGCGCUCUGAGAACAAGCUGGCACGUCUACUGCCCAUCUGCUUUGUGGCCAAUACCCAAAAUUUGCAGUCCGAGCCCAGAUGUGUGUGGCUGUACCAACGAGAAAUGAUUGCUCUUCCUACUGGAACAGUCUUGACUUGUGAAAAAACCGAGAUGUCCCUGGUCCUGCCCAUCGGCUCCUUCUCCAAAAUUAACAUCUCUGAACUGCAGCUCAACAGCCCCUCCUGCCCCGUCACUUACAACGACACUCACCUGACGGCACGGAUCCCACUGGAGGGCUGUGGCACCAAGGCUGUGCACACUGCUGGCGAGCUGAUCUACACCAACACAUUACAAACCGUGCGCACCUACAAUAAGGUCAUCCGCAGGCAACCCAUACUGGUGCUUCCCCUGGCCUGCCGCAUCCCCAGUGUCCUAGCCAAAGGCCCCAACUACAAAAUCGGCAUCCCCAAAGAGCAAGAAGUGUUUGGUACUGUUGAGUUUAAGCUGGAAUUCUACUUCCCGGGUCAAGGGCCUUUGGGAAAAUUCACCUCCAGCCCAGUGUUUCGUUAUGACAACCAGAGAGUGAGGCGAGAACUCCGAGCAGAGAGCACAUCUGCCACUACCAGCUCAGCAAACAACACCUCUUCUAGUUCUUCCAGUGUUACAUCUGCCCCCGAAGCCUCAAACACCACAAUCAGUUCUUCCUCUAAUAGUACUGCAACUAAUACUUCAUCCGUCACCUCUGCAAGCAACUCUAGUGCUGCUGCUGCCACUACGACCUCGCAAAUCGGCAGCAAAAUCGAUACCCUGGACCUGUAUGUGACAUCGAACUGCAGUAUAGCUCGGGCAGAGAUUCUGGUGAGCAGCUGUUCAGAGUCCGAAACGGAGGACUUUGCAGUGUCCCACCCUCUCCUGGAUCAAGGGUGUACAGCCUCUGCAGGUGCCUUAGAGGUGGUCACAUCAUCUACUGGAACUAAAAUCUACCGCUUGGAUCUAAGUGACCUAAAAUCCACAGGAUCCACAAUGUAUGUGGAGUGCACGGUGAACCUGUGCAUCACCACUAUGCCCUCUGCCAAAUGCCCUGACCUGUGCAAGACCAAGCUCACCCGCAGCGCCAUGAUCAACAACGUGUUCAGCAGCUCCUACACCAUCAAGUCCCCUGCUGUUAGCCUCGUGGUCACCCGCGCCCCACCCAUCACUAAUGCCACCAUUCCCCAAACCACUACUACUACCACCACUACCGCAGCUCCCACAACUUCUCAUGCACCAGAAAAAGCACCGUCUUUGGCUGUGGGCGUCAUAGUGGCUCUUGUAUGUGUUAUUUGUCAACCCUUCCUCUGAAUACGUCUUGAGGACGAGGAAAAGAAACUUCUACAUAACUCUUUGUUUACUUAUAUAGAUAUCAAUUUAAUAGACAUCAAUUUAAAAAAAUCAUAUAUGUUGUGGCAUUUUUAUUUAUUGCCGUAUGACUAAGAUAAGUGAACCUUCAUUUGUCCCACAAUGGGGACAUUCUAGUGUUACAGCACACAGUUUAAGUACAGCAGAGAAUAGAAAUACUCAAAAUCAAGAUAAAUAAAUAUUGCUAAAUAAACUUAACACAACAUUGUGCAAGUAAAGUAAAAUAAAAUAAAGUCCCAUGGCACUGUUAUGUACUGCUAUGACUAGGGAUGCACUGAUACAAUACUGAACAUAUUGAUGGAUAUCAGAUAGCGGUUCAGUCAAUAUCUCAUUUUGGUCUAUAAACUGGUGUAAUAAGAUUAUUGACUGAUCAGUGUUGGCCCAAAACACUUAUUGAACUUGUAUUUUUUCAAAGUUGUUCUUUAGUUACUUGAAAUUAUGUUACAACACAUAUCUAGGUCAUAUUUAAACAUAUGCCAUUUAUGCUCAAAGAAAAAAAAACCUAUCAGUUAAUUUUCAGUCUCGGCCCUCGUGCUGGUUGAUAUUGGGUAUUGACAGAUGCUUAAAGCCAAAGUAUCGGCAUCGGUACUGGAACAGAAAAAGCUGAAUCGAUGCACCCCUGGUUAUGACUGAUAUAAAAUGCGGCAAGAUUUUCUAGUGCUACCGAGUGCCUUUCUCAAAAUCCACAUCUGAAAUGAUAUAUGAGAAAUAGAUAUUUUAAAUGUUUACUUUUUACAAGGUCAGAUGAAGGCAAAUGUAACCUUUACUACUUCAAAUGCUUUAUAUUUUAUGAAAAUAAAACGACAUUAAACAUG